AUGCACCCUGAAGAUCUGAAAACAGAGCAAAACUCGAUACAAAUUGAAGGCCUCGUCGAACACAUUCAACUCAAUGGACUCAAUCUCCAAGCCGAGGCCACUCGGCAGAUGUCAAAUCUCGAAACAAUAUCUGCAAGCUGGGUGAUUUGUGAUAGCUGGGCUGGUGUUGCUGGAACUGUCGCUUUGGCGAUUUCUCAAGGUGGUCCCGUCACUCUGAUUUACGGCCCCAUUGUCACAAUGAUCUUAGUAGGGGCCUGUGCGAUGACGCUCGCUGAACUGGCAAGUGUAUAUCCCACAGCUGGAGGUCAGUAUCAUUGGACCUCUAUUUUGGCGCCGAAAUCCAUCAAUCGAUCCCUGAGUUAUUGCUGUGGUAUCACAAACAUGUUCUCCUGGAUUGCAAUCUGUACCGGAAUUGCGAUCAUUCCAGCUCAACUGAUCACUGGAAUCGCCAUCUUCUAUAACCCAGCCUAUGUCCCGCAGGCAUGGCAUUCAUUUCUUAUCUACCAGGCUAUCAACGGUCUUGUACUGCUCUAUAACAUCACCCUCUUGAAGAGGUCUCUUUGGAUCCACGAUCUCUCAUUUGUUGUCACGAUCGCAAGUUUUGUUGUCAUCGUCAUCACUUGUGUCGCACGGUCUUCGCCCAAUUACGAGCCUUCGAGAGCAGUCUGGGGUACGUUUCUCAAUGAUAGUGGAUGGAGUUCAGGUGGUGUCGCUUUCCUCACUGGCCUGGUGACUCCGAACUACAUGUACGCUGGCAUUGAUGGUGCACUGCACCUCGCAGAGGAAUGCAAGAAUGCGAGCACAGUGGUCCCUCGUGCUCUCAUGAGCACAUUGAGUAUUGGCUUCGUGACUUCAUUCUCAUUCAUGGUCGCAAUGCUAUACUGCACUCAUGAUUUGGAUGCAGUUGUCCAGUCAAAAACCGGUGUUCCCAUCUAUGAGAUGUGGUACCAGGCUACUCGCUCAAGCACGGCGGCUACAAUCUUCGUUAUCCUUGUCGUUUUUGCCGCAGUCUUUGCACUCAUUGGCGGGCAACAAACCGCUUCCCGACUAACUUGGUCUCUUGCCAGGGAUCAUGCAUUGAUUGGCAGCCAAUGGUUGAGCAAGACACAUCCUAAGUUAGACGUACCAGUAUGGAGUCUUAUCUUCAAUUUUGUGGUAAUGUUCAUCAUUGGAUGUGUCUACCUCGGUUCAUCAUCUGCAUUCAAUGCCUUCAUUGGUACCGGAUUGAUCUUGCAGCACAUAUCCUAUGCCUUCCCUGCCGCACUACUUAUGUACCGAAAGCGGUCUAACAUAUGGCUCCCACGAUCCCGAUCCUUUCGUCUCCCCGGCCCUCUUGGGUGGAUUAUGAACACCAUCACCAUCUGCUUCGCAGUUGUAGUGUUGAUAUUUUACAACUUCCCAACAACGCUACCGGUGACUGGGACUAGUAUGAGUAUGCUACGCCUGAGCAAGGUAAUGGUUCUUACUAUCACUGCUAACGUUGGUUUAGAUUAUACAUCGGCCGUCCUGGCCGUCAUGGCUAUAUUUGCAGGUCUCAAUUGGAUCAUCUGUGCACGCAAGAACUAUCAUGGCCCCCGACUUCACUCAGCUGCAGAUUAG